AUGGCUUUCUUCAAACAUAGUCUGCUCUUGCUCGCGGCCCUCUUGCCUGCAAUCUUGGGCACUCCAGUGCAAAAGUCUCGCCAGGCUACUGAUGUCAUCCCCGGAAAAUACAUUGUUACCUUCAAGCCGGGUGUCGAUGAGGCAAGGAUUGAAUCUCAUACAGAGUGGGCAACUAUCCUUCACAAGCGCAGCCUGGAAAGACGUGACACCACCGACCCGAGCCUCCCCGUCGGAAUCGAGAGAAGCUACAAAAUCAACAACUUCGCAGGGUAUGCAGGAUCAUUUGAUGAGACCACCAUCGAAGAGAUUCGCAAGAGCCAAGAUGUAGCAUAUGUGGAGGAAGAUCAGGUUUGGUAUCUCAGCGAACUGGUCACCGAAACACGAGCUCCAUGGGGCCUGGGGAGUAUUUCCCACAAGGGUACCGCGAGCACCGACUACAUCUACGAUGACAGCGCUGGCGAUGGUGGCUAUGCCUAUGUCGUAGAUACAGGCAUCCUUGCCACCCACCAGGAAUUUGGCGGACGUGCAGUUCUCGCCUACAAUGCCGCAGGUGGCCAGCAUGUCGAUGGCGUCGGACACGGAACGCAUGUUGCUGGGACUAUCGGCGGCAGAACCUAUGGUGUUUCCAAGAAGGCCAAUCUCUUGUCGGUGAAGGUCUUUGUAGGCGAAUCCAGCUCGACAUCGGUUAUCCUUGACGGAUUCAACUGGGCUGUUAAUGAUAUUGUGAGCAAGAACCGCACCAGCAAGUCUGCGGUUAAUAUGAGUCUCGGUGGGAGCUACUCCCGUACUUUCAACAAUGCGGUUGAAAAUGCCUUUGAAGAGGGUGUGCUCUCUGUUGUCGCAGCUGGGAAUGAGAAUAGAGAUGCUGCGCGGACAAGCCCAGCUUCUGCGCCGGAUGCUGUCACUGUUGCUGCCAUUAACAGAAGCAACGCCCGAGCGUCCUUUUCCAAUUAUGGCUCCGUCGUUGAUCUCUUUGCGCCUGGUGAGAGCAUCCUAUCUGCCUGGAUCGGAUCUAACUCAGCCACGAACACCAUUUCUGGCACAUCUAUGUCGACACCUCAUGUGACCGGAUUGGUCAUCUACCUGAUGUGUUUGGAUGAGCUGUCCACUCCAGGCGCUGCAACCGCUCGUCUGAAGGCGCUAGCCACGCGGAAUGUUGUCACCAACAUAUCCGGCAGCCCUAACCUUCUGGCUUAUAAUGGAAAUGGUCGCCAGGAUAUCUUCACUAUCCCUUACUUCUCCCUCGUCGAGAUGAAGACCACAGCGACGAUUGUCGUCAAGUCUCCGGAGGAGUCCGAGAAAGACGUACUUCUGACACUACUGCCGGAGUAUGGACUGAAGCUGGCACCGGAUGGAUUGCAUAUCCAAUGGGCCGUGGGAAAUGGCCGCCACCCGAGGAAUUGGAGCCCGAGGAGGAAGGUGUAUGACACUGCGCUGAUUGUGUUUCUCGAGUUCUUCACGACAGCAAUUAGCACUGCCGGGUCCACGGCUGCCAACAACGCAGUCCAUGAGUUUCACAUACAGAAAGAAUUGUCUAUCUUUCUUUUCGUCUCAAUAUAUCUCAUCGGUCAAGCCAUCGGGGGCAUCAUCUUCCCGCCGUACUCCGAGGUCUUCGGACGCAAGAAGCUGUACGUGGCCAGCUCGGCUCUGUACAGCAUUGCCUGCAUUGUGAUAGCAUCGGUUCCUUCCCUCGCUGGUGUGGCUCUCGGACGGCUCGUCUGCGGAUUUCUGUCCGCGAUUCCCACGACAGUCGUGGUAGGGAGCAUUGAGGACAUCUUCAACUCGCGCGAGCGGGUCUGGGUGAUAUGCAUCUGGACGAUGUUCGCCAACCUGGGACUGGUUGUUGGGCCCAUUCUGAGCACCUUCGUCGUGGCCGAUUCCAGCUGGAGAUGGCUCUUCUACCUCGCCGCAAUUGUAACUGGCAUCCUCACUCUCCUCCUCCUCACCCUGCACGACGCCAUCGCCAUCGCCCUCGUCUACCUCUUCACCGAAGCACUGCCCCCAAUCUACGAAUCCUUCGGCUUCACCCCAAAGCAGGCCUGUCUCCCCUUCAUCGCGAUCGGUCUCGGCCUCAGCCUGGGCCUACUAACCCGGUGUCUGGACCUGCGCAUCAUCGCCCAACACCGCCAACACAGUCGCCCCCUCCUCCCCGAAGACAAAUUGACCGGGUUCUGGAUCGGCGCGCCCAUCCUAGCAGGAGCACUGUGGCUCUUCGCCUGGACCAUCCCCCCGGCCGUGACCAAUCUCCCCUGGAUGGUUUCUGUCGUCGCCCUCGUGUUAACCGGGUACAGUCUCAAUGAGAUCGACUACGUGCUCGGCGGCUAUCUCACCGAUAGCUAUCUCAGCUACGCGGCGAGCGGGCUAGCGGCCCUGAGCCUGGUGCGGGCGUUGCUUUCCGCCGCGCUGCCGCUUAUCUCGGCCCCGAUGCUGGAGCGUCUCGGCGCAAACUUCACCGUGUCAGUGUUAGCUGCCAUCGCGACAGUGUUUUGUAUCGUGCCGCCGUUGUUCUCGCGCUUUGGACGGGGGAUGAGAGCGCGUAGUGCGUUUGCGCGGUUCAGUUUGACCAUGUACAGGGAGUAUAGUGUUGACGAGGAGGGGUACUAG